CCCUUUUUAUCGUCUUAAGAGUAAAAUUCUUGAAAUUUCUUUCGAAUUGAGGAAAUUUUUACUUGUGAUUAAUGAAGAUUUAGAGAUUUUUGUGGGUGAUUUAAUUUGUUAAGUUGGCUGUUAUUUGGACUAAAGUAGGAAGAAAAAAAAAAAGGGGGGAUAAAAGAAAUAAUAUUUAUGUUUUUUAUUUAGUAUUAAUUCUUUUAUAAAAGGGGGCUUUGGAAAGCGUGUAGUUCACCUCUUCCCCAAGAAGUGAAAAAAAAAAAAAAAAAAAAAAAAAAAAAAAAGAAGAAAACCCUAAAUCCCAUUCUCCCCCGCCGCCGCCGCCGCUAGUCAACCGCCGUAGGUCACCACGCCGGUCUCCCAGCAGCGUCGAAGAUCGGUCCACGUCGAGCCGCCGCGCGCCAAGGAUCGAAGCCGCCGCACGCCAAGGAUCGAAGCCGCCUUCAGUCGGGAGUCGCAAGCCGAAGCCGAAGCCCAUCGCGUCUGCAAGCCGAAUCGUGGCGGCCAGCCGAAGCCGAAUCGCGUCGCUUCGUUUCGACGCCGAGCAGCCCCCGUCCGCAGCCGCCGAGCGAAGCCGCAUUUAAGCCGGACCACCGCAACCCGUCGCGCAACCCGAGUCCGGAAGUCAGCGUCACUCUGCGCGAAGAUCAGACCCGACCGAAGACCCGCUCCGCGACCCGAGCCAACGCGCGCCGUAUUCCGGAAACCGACCCGCGCCCGCGUGCACCCGCGUGUGAGCCGCGCCGCGCGCUUCUGCGUAGCCGAGCCGCGUCUCCCUCCUGUUGCAAGCCGAGCCGCACGCGUAGUUCCUGUCCAAGCUGAGCCGCGCCUGUCUGCACCGCGAGCCGAGCCGAUCUCCAGCCUCCAAGCCGAGCCGGUUCCUGCCCUAUUUUCCAGCCGAGCCGCCAAGCUUAUUUUGGCUCCUCCCACCUAUUUUUGGUAAAUUAAGUAUUUAUUUUGGGCAUUUCCCCAAUACGACCCAAUGUUUUGGGCGCUAAAUAAUUUAAUUUGGACUAAAUUAAAUUAUUUUUCCUAAGGAACGUCUUGGACCGAGUAACUGCUGCAGCGGGAGAUUUUCUUCAGUAGGGGCUCAACCACUGCAACCUUUUCUGGGGUAAGUUAUUUCAACCGAGUUUUAACCGUUAGCCGUUGGUGACUUAUUUACGAACUUUGGCGUUAUUAAAUAUUUAGGAUCCCGUUGCUUGGAAAGCACACGUGUCUUGCGGUUAGGACUCGUCGAGUGAAUCUCCAGGUAAGAGAUUCUACUACUAGUUUCAUGUUUGAAGUAUGAGACUGUGUAUGCCCUAUGUUGCAUAUUGAGGAUUUGACAGUAUGAUGCCUGAAAUAAACGCUAGUAUGAUGCAAAUGACGAUAUAGUUGUGCUAUAGCCUGUUAUGUGUGGCAAGAUCCAUUAUGCUUACGACGAAUGUCGGGACGGAGAAUGUAGAAAUGAUUAUGUGACAUGUUAUAUGCUGAUGCCAUGUGUAUGUAUACUGCAAUUAGGGUACCUGUUAGCUUGAUUCUGUUAGAGUCGUACCUGCAUGGGUGUCCUUCGGGAUCACCACCUAUUGAGGACUGUGUGGUCCGACGGGACGCCAGUCUAGCAUGAUAUAGACAUGACUCGAGUGACUCGACGGGGUCCUCGCAUCCCGACUGUCCUAGGUGUCCCCGGGCACCGAAGACCAGAGUUACGUUCCUACGGGAGCGCAUGAUUGCACGUGUUCGGGAACGUGCCAGAGAUUGGGUACCAGUUAUCAGGACUCUAACAGGAAGUUAACAGGCACCUAGUGGGACUAGUAGUGGGUCCCUUACUGAGUAUUUUUAUACUCAUUCUCUCCAUUUUAUGUUUUCAGGUAGAGGACGAGGCAAGGGCAAGGGCAAACUGGCGAGCGACCCGAAGUGAGACCGAGGAGGGCCAUAGGGACUACCGCUUCCGCUUAUUUCUUAUUUCAGAUUUUAGCAUUUGAGUUUGAGUACUUUUUUUUUUUUCACUAUCUUUCAUGUAGAUAGGGCCCGAGUAGGAUUUCAGAACGUUUUUACAUUUUUGCACGACUACCUUGUUUAUGCUUUUAUAAAUGAAUUUCUUGAACCGUAUGCUUUUAAUAAAAUUUUAUGACUUAAACCACUUGUUCUAUAUUGAGUAAUGACUUCGAUUCAGUAUAAGGAGUUGGGUCGUUACAGUUGGUAUCAGAGCACAGUGUUUUAGGUUCUGUAGACUGACCUACGAUGUAAGUCAUUUUUGUUUUUGGUUUUACUUCACCCUAUGGCUAUACGGUCCUUCGGCACUCGCCAGGUAUGUCUAAAGCCUUGCUAAUGUUAAGAUUACAAUUUUGCCUGAAUAGUCUAAGACCUAGAUAUAGGGUGUUAAGUUCUUGUGGUGAGAAGUUUGUUGGUGAAUUUUAGGGAGAAUGCCGCCACGUAGAGGUACACGCCGAGGAGGUGGUAGGGGAGGCAGAGGAGCCGGUCGUGGCCAGCCGGAGGCGCCACCUGUUGCACCGGCAGUCGACCCAAACGCACCGGUCACCCAGGCGGAUCUCGCCGCAAUGGAGCAGCGUUAUCAGGACAUGCUGCAAGCUGCUUUGGCGCCUUUCCUUGCCGCCCAGCAGAACCAGGCCGCCCCUGUUCAGGCCGAGGCCGCCCCUGCUCAGGCCCAGGCCGCCCCUGUUCAGGCUCAGGCCGUCGCUCCUCCAGCCCCUGAGGAAGCUCAACCAGUACCAGUUCAACUGUCGGCCGAGGCGAAACACUUACGGGAUUUCAGGAAGUAUAAUCCCAAGACCUUUGACGGAUCCAUGGACAACCCCACAAAGGCCCAAAUGUGGUUGACGUCCAUAGAGACUAUUUUCCGGUACAUGAAGUGCCCAGAAGACCAGAAGGUGCAGUGUGCAGUCUUCUUCUUGGAGGACAGGGGCACCGCCUGGUGGGAGACCGCGGAGAGAAUGCUAGGGGGCGAUGUAAGCAAAAUAACAUGGGAGCAGUUCAAGGAGAACUUCUAUGCUAAGUUUUUCUCCGCCAAUGUGAAGCACGCCAAGCUGCAAGAGUUCCUAAACUUGGAGCAAGGCGACAUGACGGUGGAGCAGUACGACGCCGAGUUCGAUAUGCUGUCCCGCUUUGCUCCCGAUAUGGUAAGAGAGGAGGCUGCCAGGACGGAGAAAUUUGUUAGAGGACUCAGGCUAGACCUUCAGGGCAUUGUCAGAGCCCUCCGCCCAGCCACGCAUGCUGAUGCACUACGUAUAGCACUGGAUUUGAGCCUGCCUGAGAGAGCCGAUGCGUCUAAGGCUGCCGGCAGAGGGUCAGCCUUGGGACAGAAGAGAAAGGUUGAGACGCAGCCUGACGUAGCACCGCAGCGAACACUGAGGUCAGGAGGUGUCUUCCAGAGACACCGACGGGAGCUUGCAGCAGCCGGGAGGACUCUGAGAGAGCUACCCGCUUGUACUACCUGCGGGAGAGUCCACGGAGGUCGUUGCUUGGCUGGAAGUGGAGUCUGCUUUAGGUGCAGACAGCCGGGGCACACUGCUGAUAUGUGUCCUCGGAAACCCUUUGAGACGACACCGCCCCAGCCUUCUGCGGCCCAGCAGGGGAGAGUUUUCGCCACUACCCGGCAGGAGGCCGAGCGAGCUGGCACUGUGGUGACAGGUAGAGGACGAGGCAAGGGCAAGGGCAAACUGGCGAGCGACCCGAAGUGAGACCGAGGAGGGCCAUAGGGACUACCGCUUCCGCUUAUUUCUUAUUUCAGAUUUUAGCAUUUGAGUUUGAGUACUUUUUUUUUUUUCACUAUCUUUCAUGUAGAUAGGGCCCGAGUAGGAUUUCAGAACGUUUUUACAUUUUUGCACGACUACCUUGUUUAUGCUUUUAUAAAUGAAUUUCUUGAACCGUAUGCUUUUAAUAAAAUUUUAUGACUUAAACCACUUGUUCUAUAUUGAGUAAUGACUUCGAUUCAGUAU